UGGCCCCGCCCCUGACCCCAAACCACGCCCCUAUCCCGCCUCUCUUAGGUUUCCCCGCUGCUCGCCUGCUCUCCCCACGCUAGGAAGAUGGCGGCGGCCUUGGGAAGGUUACUUCGGGCUUCGGUUGCUCGGCAUGUGAGCUCCUUUCCCUUGGGAAUUUCUGCAGCCUUUAGGCCUGUUGCUACCAGAAACAAAUUCCCAGCCAACGUAGUACUCACAAGUGCUGCCAGUCCAAAAUCAUCGGCCUUCAGCACCAGUGCUUCAGCUUAUGUGCCUGCUGUCACCCAACAUGCUCCACAUUUUAAGGGUACAGCUGUUGUCAAUGGAGAAUUCAAAGAAAUAAGCCUUGAUGACUUUAAAGGCAAAUAUUUGGUACUUUUCUUCUACCCUCUGGAUUUCACAUUUGUAUGUCCAACAGAAAUUGUUGCUUUUAGUGAUAAAGCUAACGAAUUUCAUGAUGUGAACUGUGAAGUGAUUGCUGUUUCAGUGGAUUCCCAAUUUAGCCAUCUUGCCUGGAUAAAUACACCAAGAAAGAGUGGUGGCUUAGGCCAUAUGAAUAUUGCACUCCUAUCAGAUUUAACCAAACAAAUUUCCCGGGACUAUGGUGUACUGCUUGAAGGACCUGGCCUGGCAUUAAGAGGUCUCUUCAUAAUUGACCCUAAUGGAGUUAUUAAACACAUGAGUAUCAAUGAUCUCCCUGUGGGCCGAAGUGUAGAAGAAACUCUUCGUUUGGUGAAGGCAUUCCAGUUUGUGGAAGCGCAUGGAGAAGUCUGUCCAGCAAAUUGGACACCAGAUUCACCUACGAUCAAGCCAUCUCCUACUGCUUCCAAAGAGUACUUUGAGAAAGUGAAUAAAUAAACUAUUCCAUGUAUUGAAGACCUGCAUGACUUUAAAUUAUGAAGAAACCACAAAUUGGAAUCUACAAUAACUUGCAAGAAAUUUACUGCAUAUAGAAGUGUAGAAUAUAUACACUUUAUGCUUGUGUCUGUGAAUAUCACCCCCAAAUGCUCAGUUUUCAUACAACUGCCCCCCUAAAAAUUAUUUGACCUUAGUGGUUAUUGUUAGUUCAAAGAUUCCUUUAGUAACAGAUCUUUGCAUAGUUCCUUUUUAUAAAUUGCACUUCCUAUAUAUUUGACAUCCUCUUUCAAAUAUAAAGGCUCCCUUCGUGAAUUUAUAGGCUAAAGGAAUUUUUCAUCACCUCUAUGCACAAAAGUUGGUGUGACAAACAUUUAAGCAAGAUGCCUUGGGGGUCUUGAGUUACAGGUAAACAGUUAUAACUUUUCCCUUAACUAUCUCUGCAGUUUUUAUUUUUAAUUAAACUAUAGUCAUUUUUUCUCCAUAAAGUGAAUGUCCUGUGAUGAGAGAUAACUUCAGAGGUCUUAUAUUUUGUUUUAAAAAAUCCAGCACUUACAGUUGUAAAUUAUCCUAGUUAAUCAUGGUGGGCAGAUUAGAGAUUUUUAAUUCAGAGGUUCAUUUCACCAUUAUUUGAUGUUUAAGUUAACUUUGUCUUGAUACAUUUCAAAUACUAUUUAAUGUAAUUAUAAAGGAUAUCUGUUGAAUCUCCAAGUUGCAUAUAAUGCAGUUUUGGAAAUGAUUGUUGAACAUUUAUUUUUCUUCCUGAAGAAUAACUCUGUGUAUUCCUUUGAUCAAGAAUAAAAAUAUUUUAAAGUA